GCUGUGCAAAUGCGUCAGGAUCUCUUAAAAUAAAACUUUUAGUAAUAGGAAUAUAAAAAAAUCCGCGCAGUUUUAAAAAUUUUAUCUGUCCCGUAAACUAUAGAAAUUCAAAGUCUGCUUGGAUGACUUCUUCCAUUUUUAAAGAAUGGUUUCCCAACUGUUUUGUGCCAGAGGUGACAGAUUUUUUAAAGAAGAAACGAUUACCAGUAAAAGCUUUACUCCUAUCCACCAGAAUCCGACCUUAAAUCCGAGGAUGGUUCCAUAGAAGCUAUGUUUAUGCCUCCAAAUGUAACGGCUCUGAUCCAGUCUAUGAAUCAAAAUGCAAUUAGAAUCACCAAACUUCAUUAUAGGAACAGUCUUCUGGCAACAAUUAUUGCAAAAGAGGGGGAUUUGCUUGAAUCGAUGAAAAAAUCACACUUAAAGAAGGAGUUUCUAUUCUAGAGGCAUCCUGCCAACCGAGUUGGUAAAUAAACUUUAUCUAACUGUUGGAAAAAUAUUUUGAAUAUGGUAAAGGAUGAAGACGAUCCUGAAUUUAAUGUUCCUUUGAGCGUUUUAAAAGAAAAGUGGCAAUCAGAAGUUAGAUCUUUAGAAAAUACUGCUGCAGAUCUUCUACAGACAUUGUGCCCUCAAGAAGUAUUUACUGCUGUAAACAUUAGAGAUUGGAUCAAUACUCCUUGUGAGGACCACUGUUUUAUUGAAGCGCCUGAAAACAACAUUAAAGCUAAAGAAGCUGUCGAAAUUUUUAACAAAGCUGUCCAAUGGGCUGAAUUUCAAACGGUCGAUCAAACUGACAUUAAAGUAUUGAAAAAAAUCAGGGAAUUGGCGGUAAAUAAGCUGGUCGAACUAAUUAUAUAUGUAUGUACCUAUCUUUUUUCAUUGUAAAUUUUAUUUAUUUUUU